AUGGCCUCAUCAGCAAAUGAUCUUUGUAAAAUUUGCCAUGAUGAUGGAAUCUCUAACUCAGCAGUCACAUGGUGCACAGAAUGUGAGGUUUUCUUUUGUGAAAACUGCCAAAAACCUCACAGCAAGUCGAGACUGUCUAAGAACCAUAAAACCAUGUCAGCUGAAGAUUAUAAUAAGUUACCUGCAUUCAUACAAAAAAUAAGUAUUCAAUGCAAAGACCACAAUAAGAAGUUCGAACUUUACUGUUCAUCCCAUGCCUGUCCCUGCUGUGUCCAGUGCAUCACAGAUAAACACCAGAAAUGCCGAGACAUAAAACCAUUGCCAGACAUUCUAAAGCAGGUCAAAUCGUCUGCGUCAGUUCAAAUUUUCGAAAAAGAUUUGAAUGAUGUGAAGAAAAAUUAUGAUAAAGCCAUAAAAUAUAUGAAAACCAGGAUCCAUGUAAUCAAUAUUCAGAAAACGGAAGCCGUUGGAGAAAUCCGAUCAAUGAGGAAGUCGAUAGCUGAUUACUUAAACAAAUUAGAGCAAAACAUACUCGAUGACUUUGAGUAUAAACAUUCGGAGCUGAAAUCAAACAUGAACACUCUAGUAGAACAAAUGGAACAGCGAGUCAGUAAGAUAGACCAAAUGCAGAGUGAUUUUACCGAAAUGACACAAUAUGCAACAGAGUUACAAAUGUAUGUUGGUCUGAGAGAAAUUGAGAAAGUAACAUCCCAAGCAGUAAAAUACAUUGACGAUUUAGAAAAUGUAGACCAGUUCAGUGAAAAGAAUAUUGAGGUUAAUAUUGCGACUGUCCUUCAAUCAAUUUUACAAGAUGUCAAAUCAUUUGGAGAUAUCAACAUAAAUACCACCUUCUCUACUCUUCAGAUAAAAUCCGGACGAACAGAGCAAGCCCAGCAUUUGGUUUCAAAGGUUAUAAACGAUAUCAAGCCAUCCUUUUUGAAAAGAUUGACUAUUCCAGAAAAUUUGAGGUAUUUGGACAUAAAUGCUUGUCUAGUACUAAAAGAUGCAAGUGAUGGUACAACUUUGGUAACCAGCGAAGAGGGUGGGCAGAGUACUGCAGUGAAUCUGAAUGACAAGUCUCAAACAAUCUUAGAAGGGAUUGGUGCUGAUUGUAUUUCGUUGUUUCAAGAAAGAAUAUAUUGUACAAAUUAUGAUGACAGCAAAGUCUGCUGCUUCAAGAGUAAUGGUGAGCCUCUGUGGACAUUUGAACAUCAAUAUAUUGCCAGCCCAGCAGGAAUUACUAUAGAUAUGAAUGGCUUUGUUUAUAUAGUUUCCAGUAAUGACAGCAUUGUGGUAGUAUCACGUGAUGGUAAAUCGUGUAAAAAAAUACUAUCAGGGGCUGAUGGAAUCAAACAGCCUUGGGCAAAAGACAUUAACAGGGAAACAGGAAUCAUGAUAGUGUCGAGUAGAAUAAGUGAUAAUAGUGAUUCCAGUGGUGCAACCUAUCAAACAGCUUUUGUAUAUAAAAUCUAA